CGUGGCUUAUAUAAGCGGGAGGCGGGCCGAAGGCGGGGCGUGGGGGCCGGUGGCUACUGGGCGCGCGGGGCGCAGGCCGCCGGGUCGGAGCCGGGGGGAGCGAGCGAGCGGAGGCGCGGAGGAUCCGAUUCACUCGCUGGGGAGACCUAUGGGCCGAAGCCGUGUAAAUGCGUUUUAAGCAGGGGCCUCGGCUCCGCAACUGCCACUCCUCCUCGGAGUGUUGCACAAGUUUCGAGGUCACCGGCGACCCCCCCUAGCAGCGCGCCUGGCUCUAGCCCCCGCGAAGGAGGACGGGGCUUGUGUGUUGCAUACUUUCUAAGGCGGUGGCUGCGACAGCGGCAGUGGCUCCAUCCGGCCCAUCGACCGGACUCCUGCUGGGCUUGGCAUGGCUGGCUACCUGAGUGAAUCGGACUUCGUGAUGGUGGAGGAGGGCUUCAGCACCCGAGACCUGCUGGAGAAGCUCACUCUGGGGGCCUCAGGGGCCACCACGGAUGAGGUCGCUGCCUUCUUCGUGGCUGACCUGGGUGCCAUAGUGAGGAAGCACUUCUGCUUUCUGAAGUGCCUGCCACGAGUCCGGCCCUUUUACUCUGUCAAGUGCAACAGCAGCCUGGGUGUGCUGAAAGUCCUGGCUGAACUGGGGCUGGGCUUCAGCUGUGUCAACAAGGCAGAGAUGGAGUUAGUCCAGCGCAUCGGUGUCCCUACCAGUAAGAUCAUCUAUGCCAAUCCCUGCAAGCAAAUUGCACAGAUCAAGUAUGCUGCCAAGCAUGGGGUGCAGCUGCUGAGCUUUGACAAUGAGGUGGAACUGGCAAAGGUGGUCAAGAGCUACCCCACUGCCAAGAUGGUGCUGUGCAUUGCCACCGAUGACACCCACUCCCUGAGCCGCCUGAGCCUGAAAUUUGGAGCAUUGCUGAAAUCCUGCAGACAUCUGCUUGAAAAUGCCAAGAAGAGCCAUAUGGAGGUGGUGGGUGUGAGUUUUCAUGUUGGCAGUGGCUGUCUUGAUCCUCAAGUCUAUGCUCAGUCCAUCGCGGAAGCCCGGCUUGUGUUUGAAAUCGGUGCUGAACUCGGUCACACGAUGCAUAUUCUUGACCUUGGUGGUGGCUUCCCUGGAGUAGAGGGAACCAAAGUGCGAUUUGAAGAGAUUGCCUCUGUGAUCAACUCAGCCUUGGACCUAUACUUCCCAGAGGGCUGUGGUGUGGACAUCCUUGCUGAGCUGGGGCGCUACUAUGUGACCUCUGCCUUCACCGUGGCUGUCAGCAUUGUCGCCAAGAAGGAGGUUCUUCUAGACCAGCCCAGCAGAGAGGAGGAAAAUGGUUCUGCCCUCAAGACCUUUGUGUACCACCUCGAUGACGGCGUGUAUGGAAUCUUCAACUCCGUUCUGUUUGACAACAUCUGCCCCACCCCCAUCCUGCACAAGAAACCACCCACAGAGCAGCCCCUGUACAGCAGCAGCCUGUGGGGCCCAGCUGCCGCUGGCCGUGACUGUGUGGCUGAGGGCCUGUGGCUGCCGCAACUACACGUAGGGGACUGGCUGGUCUUUGAGAACAUGGGCGCUUACACUGUGGGCACAAGCUCCCUCCUUGGGGGGACCCAGACCUGCCACAUCACCUACACCAUGUCCCGGGUAGCCUGGGAAGCACUGCGGAGACAGCUGCUGCCUGUGGAACAAGAUGAGGACACUGAGGGUGUGUGCAAGCCUCUGUCCUGCGGCUGGGAGAUCACAGACACUCUGUGUGUGGGCCCUGUCUUCACCCCAGCAAGCAUCAUGUGAGCAGGCCUUCCUCCCCCUAGACACCCCCAGUGGGGCCGUGGAGAUGCCUCUGGGAGAGCUGGGGACUGCGGCAAGCAGGACACUCUCUGGCCAGGACUCUGGUGCUCACUCCGCCGCCCCCUGCUCCACCUGUAGUGUUUGUUUCUGCCCUGUAAAUAGGACCAGUCUUAUACCCACUGUAGUUCAAGUAUGCAACAUAAAUCCUGUCCCUUCCAGCUGUGUCCGCCUUCUCUGCAGCGCAAGGGGCCUGGUCAGCCAGGUUUUGGGGUGUCCUUAGGGUCUCCUACCUUUCUCACUUUUGUAAAUACGCAAAUAAAUACUUAGCUUUUUUAAUACUGCA